GUCAGCUGGAUUAUAAGCCUUUCUGUAAUAUUGAUAUCUAUAUUUUCAACUACAAUUCCCCUGUUGCGAACACUUUGGAAAAAUAACACCACCAAAAUAUCACGAUACAUGUCCUCCAUUCCAUCCGACCACAAGUACGCCCACGAGUUGAAGAUUGCCACUUUAGCCGUUAAAAGAGCAUCUAUUCUCACCAAGUCUUUGGGUGACUCCAUUUCCGUCACCCGGACGCUGGGGUCCCAAAUCAAGGAUGAUAAGUCACCCGUGACGGUGGGAGACUACGCAUCACAAGCGUUGAUCAACCAUGCUCUCAAACUCAACUUCCCACAAGAUGAAAUCGUCGGCGAGGAAGACUCGGACUCUCUUAAAGAUGGCAGUGAAGAAGCCAACCGCUUGAGCUCCAAAAUAUUGGAAAUCUUGGAAGACGUCCAGCAAAAGACGGUGAACUGGAAGUCCGAUAUCGGUGAACUCAAAGAUUUGGAAUCGGUCUACACCAGUAUUGACUUGGGUAACUCAGAAGGAGGUUCCAAGGGCCGAUUCUGGGCCUUAGACCCUAUUGAUGGCACCAAAGGUUUCUUGCGGGGCGACCAGUUUGCCGUUUGCCUUGCAUUGAUAGAGGACGGUCAGGUUGUGUUGGGAGUCAUUGGAUGUCCUAACCUCGCUGAAAAGGUGGUUUCCAAUACCAACAUGACCGGCACCAAGGGCGGGUUGUAUUCGGCGGUCAAGGGCUUGGGAGCAUACUACACUCCUUUAUUUGACACAAACGAGUUUGUGCCCUUGGCGAAACAGGAACCUAUUAAGAUGACCCAAGAAACAUCUCCAUCCAAGCUCGUGGUGUUGGAAGGAGUGGAAAAGGGUCACUCAUCGCACUCGACCCAGUCGCAGAUCAAGGCCCACUUGGGAUUCUCGGAGGAGACGGUGCAAUCACAAACCAUCAACUUGGAUUCUCAGGCCAAGUACUGUGUUUUGGCCAAGGGUCUGGCUGACAUCUACUUGAGACUCCCCAUCAGUGACACGUACCGUGAGAAGAUCUGGGACCAUGCGGCUGGGAAUGUGUUGAUAACCGAGAGUGGUGGUGGGGUGUGUGACAUUGAAGGUAAAGAGUUGAACUUCGGCAACGGAAGGUACUUGCACUCCAAGGGUGUCAUUGCUGCGAACAAGGCUGUUCUCGGUAGAGUGAUCUCGUCCGUGAAGGCCGUGGUGAACAAGUAGAACAUGGGUCUUUUAUGUAUAUAGUGAUAAAUGAAUGCUCACUCAAGUUUC